UGCUCUUGAUGGUGAUGAAGAGGGCUCACUGAGGGAUCAGCUUGAACUAAUCAUGUGCCGUUGCCCAUCUUUUGGGCUUUACUUGGGGAAGAAAUCCUACUGAUUACUUAAACAACAGUCCCACCCAUCUGCAAGCACACAUAUAAUGGCCUGUCAACAAUAGUUGUAAGCACAGUUGGGCAGGAGCAGCGAGUCCACCCUUUCGAGAGAGGAGAAUCUUACUUACUUGACUUGAAGUGCAGCUUGGUAACCCUGCAUCUUUAGGUCUCAAGUAUGGGUAAUGAGCAUUCCAAGAACAAAGAUCCAAGUAAGCUCAAUCAGUGUGAUAAAAAUGGAGGACUGAAUGCCCUGACAGGAAACAACACAUCCAAUGGAUUAGAGAUUGAUGUUAACAGUUUGACCCAAAACCAACAAAACGGCAAGGCUGCAGCAUUAAAUCCUGCCACAGAAUCUGAAUAUGUGGUGGUGCAAUCGGACAGUCAGGAUGCUGAAUCCGAAGAUGUUCCCGAAAAGCUGGCUGCCACCCCCCAGAGAGAAGAAGCUGAGAAACAUGAAGGAAAGGUGCAACUUUUCGACAAAAUAUUCAAAAAGAAAGGAGAAACAGAUGCACCGGUUGACGCAGAGAGUAUCACUGAAGAAGAGACCCAUAAGAAUAUUGCAAGAGAUGCAAAUCUUCCUUGCACUGACACACUUUUGGAGACAGCUAACCAAAAGCCAGAGGCACUGACGGAACCAGAACAAACUGACAACGCUAACAGUCCACCCACAGAAGAGGAGACUAACCUAGAAGAGAGUCCAGUUAUGAACUUCUUCAAAAAUUUAAAUUUAACGGUGACUGUCCCUUCCCUUGUUCGGCAGAUGUCAUCCACUAAAACGUCCAAAAAGGAAACUCCUGAAGUCCCAAAGGAUCAGCGGCAGAGGGAGAACCAGUCCGCGCCAACCACCACUGUUGUACAAGUGUCUGAUCCUCCUGCAGCCUCCAAGGGAAUGGUGAUCCCACCACCUCCUCCUCCUCCAGAGCUUCCAAAACUGGAAGUCAAAGCAGAGCCAAGUGGCAAACCAGCCAAACCCACCACCUCAAAAGAAAAAACAAAAGCUGCGCCAAAGAGUGUGGAAUCUUCGAAAGGGAAGUCAACCAAAGAUGUUCUGAGCAAAUUCUUCCGUCCAAAGACUAACAAGGAGACACAACUGCAAGCAAUAGAAGCUGAAGUCUAUCCAAUUGUAGAAAAAGAGGACACUCCAGUGGAUGUGCCAGAAGCAGUUGUAGAGGUGAAGGCCGAAGAACCUCAGCAGACACCAGAGGAGGCAACACAGAUGGUUGUAGACGAGAAGUUCACUGUAGAGGGACCGCAACCAGAGGUAGGAAACAAGAAGGUGGAUCCUUGUAAAGGUGGGACUCUCGAGGCCCCUGCCAAGCCAGAACCGCCAGCUCUGGUUCACGAGGAGAAGAAAACACCAUCAAAAUCACCCUUCUUCUCUUUGUUCAAGCCUAAAGCUAGUGACCCCAAGAAGGCAAGCCCUGCCCCUGCCAAAGCAGCAGACGCACUUCCCACAGUAAAGGUCAAAGAGGAAUCCAAAGCAGCGGUCAAGUCUUGCGAGGUGAUCAUAGACGACAAAGUGGCCUCGGUGGCCCCCAAAGCUGUCGACAGUGCUGCCAAUGCGGCCCGGAAGUCAGAGAAGAGGAACUCCAUCCAGCUCUUCUUGAAACAUCUGGGCCAGAAACGUCACUCGACAGACGCCGGGGUCCAGACCGAGCCAGUGACCGUGGCUCCAGCAGCCAAAUGAAAUCAGAAUCAACACUGAAGUUCUGCUGUAUAUACUCCCCUCUGUCUUUAUUUUUCUCUUUGGCUCAUGCCUCCAUUUUGCAGAACCAUCAUAUUAAUAAUUGCUUGUUUUUGUCCAUUUAGCAGGUUAAAGGUUAAUACAACUUGGGGGGGGGGGGGGGGGGGGG